AUUUUCAAUGCCAAUGAUUGUUGUUUGCAGUAUUAACCGAUUCGGAUCAACAUACCCUUUAGCUUUUGCACUCGUUUAUUCAGAGACAAAGGAAUUUUAUAGUUGGGUAUUACAACAGUUAUGUAAAACACUAACUAUUUUGACAGGUAACUCGAAUGUAACAAUGAUUAUAACUGAUCGAGAGUUGGCUCUUAUGAGCUCAAUAUCUACUAUAUUUCCUAAUUCAAAACAUCAAUUAUGCAUUUGGCAUAUUUUUAGAAAUAUGAGAAAAAAGCUUAAGA